AUGGGGUUGAAAUUUACAAAGCAGGGUCCACCCAAAGUUGAUAGCCUAAGUUUACAUCAUCACAUGAUCAAUUACCUUAGCAAGAAUUUUAUUCGUAACUUGGUAUCUAAGCAACGAAGAAGAAUGCUAAUUGAUGGUUAUGAUCUUGACAUGUCAUAUAUCACAGACCGAGUAUUAGCAAUGUCAUUUCCUGCAGAACGAAUGCGAGCAAUGUAUCGAAAUCCUCUGUGGCAGGUCAAAUCUGUGUUGGACAUGAGACAUACAGAGCAUUAUAAGAUAUAUAAUCUCUGUAUAGAAGAAAGUUAUGAUCCAGCACACUUCUAUGGACGCGUGGAAUCAUAUCCCUUUGAUGACAACCAUGUGCCGUCUCUUCAAAUGAUCAAAGCUUUCUGUGAAAGUGUGGAUUCAUGGCUGUCACGUGACCCAAAAAAUAUUGCUGUUAUUCAUUGCAUGGCAGGGAAAGGUAGAACUGGAUUAAUGGUGUGUUCAUACUUAACUUAUUGCGGCAUGUCAGCUGAUGAUGCUCUUCAAUUAUAUGCAGACAGAAGGACAACCAACAAUGAAGGAGUAUCAAUACCAAGCCAACGUCGUUACGUGGCAUACUGGGAAAGUCUACUUUCUGUCCCUAGGGGAGCUGGAUAUGGACUACCAAACGUGAACAUACCUCAACCAUGUAGCAGAGAAUUGCGGCGAAUCCGGCUUUACGAUACAGUCAACAUUGACACAAUAUUCUUUGUUAUCUCAGAGCUGCAGGAGAUUCCUGAUGAGGUCUAUCGUCCACCGGUGGAAGCUUACCGAAGCUGCUGUAGACAGAUAAAGAAAGGCUAUCAGAGAACCAACAGUCCUCGCUACUAUAUCUCUAUUCUUGAAGGUGAUAAAGAUGGAAACCAAUCAGAAAUAGAAGAACCUCGCGUUGUAGUUCAAAUGGACACAGAGAGUCCUGCAAUUUACCAAAAAUCAUGUUUGGACCAUUAUUUUGAUAAACCUAUACAAGUAACUGGAGAUGUUCGUGUCAUAUUCUAUGAGAAAAUGAUAGGAGGUCGUCUUUUCUAUUGCUGUUUUAACACAGCUUUUAUUAGAAACAGUUUACUACAGCUCACAAUACAGGAGUUGGACAAAGUUGGGAAGAAAGGAAGAUCAAUAUGUGGCCCUGAUUUUUGCCUAGAAUUACUGUUUGGUCCUGCUAAUACAGGAUAUUCAUCAUCAAGUGUAUCCAUUGGUGACCAUACUAGUGAUGAUUCUUUAUAAUAAUAUUUCCACACAUCUUUGCAUAAU